CGACCCCACAGCCUUACGGGAUACGCGAGCGGUUCCAUCAUCCCGAUGUAUACCAACCCCUGUAUCCGACCCGCAUUGCUACCCCGCGCACUGUUGUUCCCCACAUGGCCAGAAUGGGAACACUGACUACGCGAGGCCUAACGCAGAAGACUGCAUCCUAUCACACUACGCAACGUUUUGCUUCGGCAGCGCCAGCUAUAAUAUUUGGAAAUUCGGACAUUUUUUCUUCAGGUUUUCGCCUCGGCAAACUCAGAAUUAUCUUACACUAUGGCGCACAUCUUCAGCCUUGCUCAACCACCCCCUCCUCACUACCACGAAGGCAACCGGUCCGGCGACCAAGUCAAGUUUCCUGAUACUGGCUUCUUCCAAGGCUUCAAUAAGCCUUCGCGCCUCGAAGCCGACAUCUUUGAGCUUGAGACGACGGGCACGAUUCCAAAAGAUAUCAAUGGUACCUUCUACCGCGUACAGCCAGACCACUGCUUCCCACCGCUCUUCGAAGAGGACAUACACUUCAAUGGAGAUGGUUCCGUAUCGUCGUUCCGCUUCGAGAAUGGCCAUGUAGACUUCAAGCAGCGAUAUGUGCAAACCGACCGAUUCAAAGCAGAGAGGAAGGCUCGAAGAGCCCUGCUGGGCAAGUACAGGAAUCCGUAUACCGACAAUGAGAUGGUCAAGGGCAUCAUCCGAACUGCAUCAAACACCAACGUCGUUUUCUGGAGAGGAGUACUCCUAGCCAUGAAAGAAGACGGCCCGCCAUUUGCUAUGGACCCAAUAACCAUGGAGACAAUCGGACGGUACGACUUCGACGGCCAAGUCAAAUCUCCCACUUUCACAGCGCAUCCGAAGUUCGACCCAGAUACGGGCGAGAUGGUGUGUUAUGGCUACGAAGCUGGAGGUGAUGGGCAUGACGCCAGCUGCGACAUCGUCGUCUACACCAUCGAUAGAGACGGCAAGAAGACUGAAGAGUGCUGGUACAAAGGGCCCUUCUGCGGCAUGAUACACGACUGUGCUAUCACGAAGAACUAUCUCAUCCUGCCCUUGACACCCAUCAAAGUGAACGCCGAUCGGCUAAAGAAAGGAGGAAACCACUUCGCCUGGGACCCGAAUGAGGACCAGUGGUACGGCAUCGUGCCUCGCCGCAACGGCAAGCCCGAAGAUAUCGUCUGGCUGCGCGCCGACAACGGCUUCCACGGCCACAUAGCCGGCAGCUACGAAGACGAAAACGGCCACAUCGUCGUCGACCUUACCGUCGCCUCGGACAACGUAUUCUUCUUCUUCCCGCCAGACACACCAACCCCCACACCCACCACGCUCCUCCAGCGCAACAAGCUCGUCUCCGACACCUACCGCUGGGUCUUCGACCCGAAGACGCCGACGCACACCAAAGUCAAGCCCGCGCGCAUCUUCGGCAUCAACGGCGAGUUCUCGCGCAUCGACGACCGCGUACUGACCAAGAAGUACAACCACUUCUGGCAGUGCAACAUCGACCCCAGUAAGCCGUACGACUUUGCCAAGUGCGGACCGCCUGCGGGCGGCCUAUUCAAUGUCCUGGGCCACUACGAGUGGGACACGGGGAGUAAAGACACGUGGUGGGCAGGGCCGACGUGCACAUUCCAAGAGCCUGUGUUCGUGCCCAAGGCAGGGUCAACCGUCGAGGGUGAAGGGUAUCUCAUGGCGCUGUUGAACCACCUCGACGUUCUUCGAAACGACAUCCUGAUCUUCGAUGCGCAGAAUUUGAGCCAGGGGCCGCUGGCGGCGAUUCAUCUACCUGUCAAGCUGAGGCUGGGGCUGCAUGGGAAUUUCAUUGAGCAGAAGGAUUUGGAGGAGUGGGCGGAGAGGAGGAAGGAGGGCGGGAGUUUGGGGCCUGCGAAGGCGGCGACGGAACCGUUACCGUGGCAGAAGAAGAUGAUGGAGGAGGGGGCAAUCAAUGGGGCGAAUGAAUUGAAUGGGGUUAAUGGACAUUGAAGGACUUUUGAUUCUCUCAACUAGGCUACAUCCAGUCGA